AAGUUUAUCAUUCCAAAGACCCUCCCCUCUCCUUCAUUCAGAAAAUAUGUCCAGUAUAAUAUGAGCAUGAUUAUUUUUCUAUUUCCAAAUAAUCAACCUGUAAAAUUUGUAAGACAUGGCUACAAAACGUAAAGUAGAUAUGAUUGUCCCAGCAGAGGAGAGCGACCAGCUCCUAAUUCGCCCGCUUGGGGCUGGACAGGAGGUUGGCAGGUCAUGUAUUAUCCUGGAGUUUAAAGGAAGGAAAAUAAUGCUGGACUGUGGCAUUCAUCCUGGCUUAGAGGGAAUGGAUGCGCUCCCCUAUAUUGACUUAAUCGACCCAGCUGAAAUAGACCUGCUGCUCAUCAGCCACUUCCACUUGGAUCACUGUGGAGCUCUGCCCUGGUUUCUCCAAAAGACCAGCUUCAAAGGGAGGACCUUCAUGACCCACGCCAGUAAGGCUAUCUACCGAUGGCUACUGUCAGAUUACGUCAAAGUAAGCAACAUCUCUGCAGAUGACAUGCUGUACACUGAAACCGAUCUGGAGGAGAGCAUGGACAAGAUUGAGACCAUCAACUUCCAUGAGGUCAAGGAGGUGGCUGGAAUCAAGUUUUGGUGCUACCAUGCUGGUCAUGUGCUGGGAGCAGCCAUGUUUAUGAUUGAAAUAGCUGGAGUCAAACUGCUUUAUACCGGCGACUUCUCCAGACAAGAAGACAGACAUCUUAUGGCAGCUGAGAUCCCAAGUGUCAAACCUGACAUCUUAAUCAUAGAAUCAACCUACGGCACUCAUAUCCAUGAAAAGAGGGAGGAGCGUGAGGCUCGAUUCUGUAACACAGUUCAUGACAUUGUUAACAGAGAGGGGCGCUGUUUAAUCCCUGUGUUUGCAUUGGGACGGGCCCAGGAAUUGUUGCUCAUCUUGGAUGAGUACUGGCAAAACCAUCCAGAGCUCCAUGACAUCCCCAUCUAUUAUGCUUCAUCCCUGGCCAAGAAGUGUAUGGCUGUGUACCAGACUUAUGUCAACGCAAUGAACGACAAGAUCCGCAAGGCCAUCAACAUCAAUAACCCUUUUGUUUUCAAGCACAUCAGCAAUUUAAAAAGCAUGGAUCACUUUGAUGAUAUCGGGCCUAGUGUGGUCAUGGCAUCUCCAGGAAUGAUGCAGAGCGGUCUUUCCAGAGAGCUCUUUGAGAGCUGGUGCACUGAUAAGAGGAAUGGAGUUAUCAUAGCUGGAUACUGUGUGGAGGGCACGCUAGCUAAGCACAUUAUGUCUGAGCCAGAAGAGAUCACCACCAUGUCCGGACAGAAGCUGCAGCUGAAGAUGUCGGUGGACUACAUCUCCUUCUCUGCCCACACUGACUACCAGCAGACCAGCGAGUUCAUCAGGGCUCUCAAACCACCACAUGUGAUCCUGGUUCAUGGGGAGCAGAAUGAGAUGGCGCGCCUGAAGGCUGCGUUGAUCAGAGAGUAUGAGGAUAAUGACCAGGUUCACAUUGAAGUCCAUAACCCUCGCAACACAGAGGCUGUCACACUGAACUUCAGAGGAGAGAAGCUGGCCAAGGUGAUGGGUUCCUUGGCUGAUAAGAAAUGUGUUCAGGGUCAGAGGGUGUCGGGCAUACUUGUGAAGAAGAACUUCAACUACCACAUCCUAAAUCCAUCUGAUCUGUCGACAUACACAGAGCUGGCCAUGAGCACAGUGAAACAAACCCAGGCCAUCCCCUUCACUGGGCCAUACUCAUUGCUCGUCUGCCAUCUGAGGAACCUCACUGGGGAUGUUGAAGAGCUGGAAGGAACAGAGAAGAACACUUUGAAGAUUUUUAAAAAUGUCACUCUAAUCCACGAGCCCGGCAUGGUGCUUCUGGAGUGGAUCGCAAACCCUCUCAAUGACAUGUAUGCUGAUGCUGUCACCACUGUGGUUCUGGAAAUCCAGUCAAACCCAAAAGCUCAAAAAGUCAUGGAGACCCAGAGUGCCAGUAUGGACUUGGAUGUGUUCCAAACCCGGUUAGAAGUCAUGCUGCAGGACAUGUUUGGAGUAGAGUGUGUAGACUUCAGCGAUGGUAAAAACAUCUCUGUGACAGUGGAUGGGAAGACAGUUUACAUAUGCUUGGAAACGCGGUCGGUGUGCUGUGAGGAUGAAAACGCAGAGGACGACUCCCUGAGAGAGAUGGUGGAACUGGCAGUGCAGCGACUCUAUGAUGCCCUAAACCCGGUGAUCUGAGGUGUUCAGACAUGUCUCCAGCCAAACUUACGACUGAAAAGUACACUUGAUAUUUUGUUCAGUACAGAACAAUAACUCUGGUCUGGCUUCUUGAUAGUUGGGCAACUAAAACAACUGCAACUGGGGAAAAUAAACUAAGUUCAGAGUUUUUUUUUUAAAUAUUUAUUUGUGUGUGUUGUUACACUUAGGUCGAAUAUGUUUAAUAAGCUAAUCGUAUUUGUGUGUUGAUUCAUUGUAGAUUUUAACAGACUUUGCUACUUAUAUGCACUGAUUUCAUGCACUUGUGUUAACUUUUAACUGUGAUGUAAACUGUGAAUUUCUGAGUGCACUAAAUGCAUGUGUUUACUGUUUGUUUGAUCUACUUCAAAAGAAAUCUCCAGAGUCAUGUUUCACUUUGUUGACUCAUUGUUUUUGGUCAGUUUUACUUUAUUUCACCGUCGAAAGAGGUUAACAUGCAGCUAGAAGGGCAAAGACUUUACAUAUCCACCUUUGCUUCAGCCUUAGUAAAGAAUUAAA